AUGGCAACCUCCCCAAACGAACCCUUCUCCGCCAUAAUCUGCCAUCCCCCGACCUUCACCGCCUCCGGCGUCCCAACACCAAGCUGGAAAUUCGCCUCCAAAACCCUCACCCUCCCCCGCAGCCCUGCCCCCAAAGAACUCCAAAUCCGCGUCCUCGCCACGGGGAUCUGCCACACCGACCUCGUCGUCUCUUCCGCUCCUCCACCGUAUGCCAACUAUCCCGUCGUUCUGGGCCAUGAGGGCGCUGGGAUCGUUGAGGCUGUCGGCGAGGGAGUGACUGUGGCGAAGCCAGGCGAUAAGGUCUUGUUGAGCUACUCGUAUUGUGACGCGUGUGAGUUGUGUAAGUAUGGCAAGAGUAAAGCGUGGUGCGAAGAAUUCAGUCCACAGAAUGUGGCACCGAUAGAAGGGAUGUUUCAGAAUGGCGAGGAGAAGGUUCGGGGGAAGUAUUUUGGACAGAGCUCUUUUGCGGCACGGACACUUGUGAACGAGGUCAGUGUGGUAAAUGUGAGUCGAAUGGUGGAGACGGAGGAGGAGUUGAAGUUAUUAGCGCCGCUGGGUUGUGGGAUCAUGACUGGCGCGGGGAAUAUGCAGAAUGUUCUCAAGGUUGGGGAAAGGGAUGUGGUGUUGGUUACGGGACUAGGCGGCGUGGGUCUGGGAGGGGUCAUGGCGGCGAAGGCGAGGGGCGCGAAGGCUAUUGUCGUGGUCGAUCGGGUGAAGUCGAGGCUGGAGUUGGCCAAGGAGUUGGGCGCGACGCAUAAGAUCAAGGAGGUGACUGCAGGUUUGAGGAUCGCGUACGCGCUAGAGACGUCUGGAGUCACAAAGAUCGCGGAACAAGCUGUGCUUGCUGUGGGACAUCGAGGACACGUUGCGGUGGUCGGUGUGGCGCCUCCUACGGAAUCCGUGUCUUUGCCGAAUGCUGAGAUGAUGAGGAGGUCAAAGACGCUUAGUAACAACGUUCUUGGAGAUUCGAAUGCGGCGGAUAUGGUGCCGUUGCUGAUUCGGUGGUGGAGGGAGGGGAAGUUACCUCUCGAGAAGCUGGUCAAGUUCUUCAAGGCGGAGGACUUCGAGGCGGUGCUGCAUGGCAUGCACGAUGGUUCGGUGAUUAAGCCUGUCCUGGUCUGGUGA